CUAUUUUUGUGGAUGACAUACCCCAAGCAUUAGCUGUGAUCUGCCUCUCAUUUCGUACACGUCCUCAAUCAUGGUUGGUGACAACAUUCUCAAACUCGCAGUUCUCAUUGAUGCGGACAAUGCUCAGUCCUCCUUCAUUGAUCUUCUCCUCUCCGAAAUUGCGAAAUACGGUACAGCUUAUGCGAAGCGAGCAUAUGGAGAUUGGACUAGACCCAAUUUGCAGGGCUGGAAGAAUGAACUUCUUAAGCAAUCGAUCCAACCAAUCCAGCAGUUCUCGUAUAUCCAUGGGAAGAAUGCGACCGACUCAGCUAUGAUUAUAGACGCAACGGACCUUCUGUACUCUAACCGAUAUGAUGGGUUCUGCCUCAUCUCAAGCGAUAGUGAUUUCACCCGGCUGGCGGCUCGUAUCCGCGAGUCAGGAGCGACCGUGUACGGAUUCGGUGAGCAUAAAACGCCCAAGGCCUUCGUCGCUGCAUGCGACAAAUUUAUCUACACUGAAAAUCUCGUGCAUCUCGAUGAGCUUGUUCCGCAUGCGGACAGCGUUAUCGUUCCUGAAAAUCAUUUAUCGGCCCGACACACUCAAAAUAAUAGCCGCCUAGCAAAUCAGUCGCGAACAACGGUAGAAGCAGUCUCCGAUGACGAUGGCUGGGCUAGGCUCUCUAACGUCGGUCAGCUCCUCACAAAAAAUUAUCCUGACUUCGACUCUCGUACCUAUGGAUACCAUAAACUCAGUGACCUUAUCACCGCCAUCCCUCUGUUUGAAACUACCCGCCGCUCCCUUCGAAAUGGAUUACCCACGGAGAUCUUGGUACGCGAUAAGCGUAGGAAGCCUAAAGGUUCUGCUACGUAAAUGGGCGAAUAUAGAUUGUUUGGCCUUCCUUGCCCUAUGUCUGAUCUAUGGCCAAUCAACAACGACUGGUGCUUUCAUUGAACCCCUAUUUCGUCCAAAUCUUUGGGGACAGCCCAGCAAGAGAUUAAAGCCUAUUGCGAUGUACGUGUCGACACGCCUUGUCGGAUAAUGCUUGCAUCAGGGUUUCUUAUUCGAGCUUUAUCCCUUCAGUCCUCAAGGUCUCGGGUGGGGGUUACCGUAGCCUCAUCCCAAGUCGCCUGCAACCUUUCUGCAUGCAGCAAUUUUCU